AUGACAUCUACAACGACAACAGCACUUAUCGAGACCUUGCGGCCCAUUUUCGCUACCUUUGGAAUACCACGACUACUGGUGACGGACAACGGUACAGCGUUCACUUCGCGAGAAAUGGCUGUCUUCUGUCAAAAGAAUGGCAUUCGUCACAUCACCUCAGCGCCCUUCCAUCCUGCCACAAAUGGACAAGCUGAACGGAUGGUGGUGGAGACGAAGUUGGCGCUCAGGAAGCUCACAAAGGGCAGUAUCGUGUGCCGUCUCGCUCGAUUCCUGUUUCGACAGCACACCACCCCGCACACCACGACGGGAAGAUCUCCAGCAGAACUAAUGUUCGGCCGUCAACUGAAAACAGCACUCCACGCUAUUCACCCAACGAGCAACAACUCGGGUGACCACGAACAGCCCCCAAUGCACGCAAAGGUGUACACCGUCAACCAGCGAGUGAUAAUGCGAGAUUUUCAGGGCAAACCCCAUUGGGUGCAAGCGGUAGUGCUGCGACGUGUAGGACCUCGCUCAUACCUUCUCCGUACAAGGAUGGCAAGCUACGUCGAAGACAUAUUGACCAUUUACGAGACUUUGAGGAUGUACCAACGCAGUGCAGCGCUGCGGAAAUGA